GCCUUGCUUUUCUGCAUACAUUUCCUGGUAGAAAGGGGUUUGUUGAAUUAAAUUUGUGGGAAAAGCGAUAUGAUAACUGUUGUUUAUUUGUUCGAGUCAAAAAUAAUUAAAUAAAUAAUGUCUGCAAUUCAAUUUCUAAUACAGGCGCUACCGGGCACAGAUGAGCAGUUGAUAGACAGGCUUCGAGAAGUAUCUGAAAAAAUUAAUAGAUUUGGGUUCGGUACACAUCGAAUAUUUGAACAACUCAAAAUCCCAGUAAAAGAAGUUGUUAUUGGUCCAAGCCAUAUUGGAGUGCUUUUAGAAGACGGCAAGGCAUUUCGCGCAGCUUUUUCAAUUAAUUCAGAGCGUCUCGAUUUACAUAGGCUCGAUACCAACAAGAACAAUGCAAACAAUAGUUCUAAUGUUUCUACUAAUUCUAAAAAUGUUGCUCCAUCGUCAUCGAGGCAACUGGCACGUUCAAGAGCUCGACUUAUGCGCACAACCGGAAGAUCUGGAUCUGGGAACCAAAGCUCAGGCUCGCGUAGCACAGGUGUAAUUAUUGGUGGUGGUCCCUCAAGUCGUCCUAUUGUAACUGUGCCAGCAACUUAUGUUCCUGAAGAGUUAAUAUCACAAGCUGAGGUAGUUCUACAGGGUAAAAGCAGGAAUCUGAUAAUAAGAGAGCUACAGAGGACUAAUUUAGACGUUAACUUGGCAGUUAACAAUUUGCUUUCUCGGGACGACGAAGAAGCAGAAGACACUGAGGAAGCAGGAGAUAACUAUGUCCCGGAGGAUUUAAUAUCUUUACUCGAUAAUGGAUUUCAUGGUGAUAAUAGCAGUGUGAUAAUAGAUCCAUCCGAUGGUCUUUUUUCUGAAGAAAUAUUUAGCAACUAUUCCAGUAUUCGCAAUUUGCUGUUCGAUCGCAUACGCAGUGAAAGGAACCAGUCCAGUUCUAGUAACUCCGAUAAUCAAGGCAGGUCGACAACUACCUCAGGUGGCGUACUGUCUGGAAAUAAUAGCUUGUCUGCGCAAAUAUCUUCUGUGAGUGUCGAUCGUGAGGCAUUCAGUCGUUGGAGAGAUCGCCAAUAUUAUGGGCCGCGACGCUGGUUAAAUAAGGAUGAUUAUGUUUGGGAUAAUAACGGAGACUUGAAAAAAAAAGACACGACAUCAAGUUCUCCAAUUUGGAUUUCGGAGGAAUUGCAACCUUGGCCGGACAAAAAUGGCACAAUUAAAUUCAAAAGAAUUGGAGGAUUAUAUUCUGACUUCAUUGCGCUUUCAGAAACGGGAGAACUGCAUCAGUGGAAGUGGUCAGAGCCGGAGCCUUACAAAGCGGAGAUGGAAAAUGUGUAUCAUUCAAAAACUAUAAGUCUAAAUGUAACGGAAAAAGUAGAGCAAAUUUCUGCUAACUUUAUUCGCUGUUCAGUGGUAACUGAGACUGGUCGAGUAGCAACUUGGAUGGACGAUCAAUUAGGACACCUGGGAGCUAAAUUCGAACACCCAGCAAUAAUGUUUAAUGAAUUCGUUAUGGAUCCAAUAGCAUCUAUUAAUGUUUGCUCUUUAUAUACCGCAGUAAGGACUGAAAACAACAAUGUGUAUUGGUGGGGUGUUUUACCUUUUGAUCAACGCCGAUAUCUUUGGGACAAAUUCCGCACAAAGACUAAAAAGCCAUUUAAAUCCAUAACCUCAGAUAUCAGUGUUGGAACGCAGGUGAUAAUGAAAAAAUGCCCUAUUUAUCAAGCGGGCUCUAUUGGUUUUACGUGUUUUAAUGGCAUACCAAAGAUAGGUCAGUUGCAGAAUUCUGUCUGGGAUUUUAGCGACGUGUGUCGAUUCAAGAUCAUUUCCAUAUUAACACAAUCUAGUACAGAAAAACCUCAGUUAGGUUCCUGUUGUCCAGUAAGUGCUGAAAAAGAUUGUAUAAAAACUCCUAACUCAUCAACGGCUAAUAUGCAACCAUCAAGUAGUAAAACAAUUAGUUCUACAAAGGAAACCACGGAUCGCAUUGAUAUGCCACCACCUCCUUCACCUGCAUCAAGUACAUGUAGUGAUACUGGUAGUGUGACUUCUCAUAAACGCGUAAAGAGAAUGGCUACUAAAGACGAUAUCGAAAAUAAAAAAGAUGAAGAACUUUGGCAAUUAAAAGAUGUUGUGUUUGUAGAAGAUAAGGUGGGACCUGUUGGAAAAGUCUUAAAAGUCGAUGGAGAUUUUGUAGCGGUUCGUUUUCCAAUUUCGUCAACCACCACUGCCGGUACUGCUAGUGGCAACGGCAGUGAAGGUAAAGACGAUGAUUGGCAACAGUGCCGACUUUUACGUCGGGAGGAUGUUCAGGUAUAUAAAACAAAUAUGACAUCCCGCGGCCCAGAUUGGCUGCAAAAGCUUCCUAGAAAAGUCAAUAUAAAUAACUGUAAUGAAACAACUGGUUUUCAAUUAUUAGCCAUGGCUGUCGACGUCCGGGGUAUUCAUGUUAUAAAAAAAAAUGGAAGCAAGAUUUCCUAUAGCUUGUUUAAUCUAUAUAAUAGCAAGCAAGAACAAAGUUGCCAAUUUCCUACGGAUUGCGUGUCGUUUUUAGGAGCUAAUCCCAAUAAUAUAAGCAUUAUCUGCAAUAACGAUAACAGUGGCAACACCAGCAAUAUUCUAGUAUGUGAUGGAAAUCGGGCUCUUUACCCUAUUGCUAAAGAUUGUUUGGGGUCAAUAAAAGAUCCGCAAUGGCUUGAUUUGCCACCUGUGAAAAGUGUAUCGAUGGGUAUGAUACCCUUAUCUGGUGCAGGAAAUAUUAAGUCUAAACUAUGUUUGACUGCAUUACUCUUUGAAGACCAGAAGCUUAUGCCUCAUAUUUUGCGGUGUGACAUUAAAAACGUAUUUGCCAUACUUAGUCAUUUAGAAAAAGAAGAACGCAAUGAAAUUGUUGCCAUUACAGAGGAGCGUUGUGAUGGGGGACGUAAUGUUUUUCAUGCAUGCGUUGUCAUGUGUGCACCCACAUCAAACAAAGAAACUGAAGAAAAGAAAUCUUUUUCUGGUCUUGGUAGAUCAACACCUUUAGCUAAUGCUGUAUUUUCAAAUUGUCCGAACCUUUCAAGCCAUUUGGAUGUAAACAACAGUGCCCCUGUGGCGAACGCAGGAUCUUCGUCAGGUACGAAUGCAGCUAGUGGUAGUAUGCGAGAAAGUCGGUCGGUUAGCUUACGAGAAAUGAUGAAUCGUCUAAUUAAUACUGAGCCGGAGCAAAAUAAUGCGGGGCACAGUAUGGCGUCUAUAGAUGAUCAAAUUUAUAUACCGCAGUGGUCAGUGGAGGGAAAUAGUGCGAAUCCGGUAAUAAAUGAUGUUAUUAGUGGUGAAGUCGAAGAUGAAAUCUCGAAAAAUAUUUCAGCCACUGUUCCAAAUAUGAAUUCAUCCACAAGUGUACCUACACCAAAUUAUGUUUAUGAACCGAUGCAACGCCGAGAGUAUGCAAUUUUGAUUUUGCAACAAAUGUGUUCAUCUGCAAUAUUCCGCCCUUAUUUACAUCAAAUGCUCAGUUCAAAGGAUUCUCAAGGCCGAACGCCAUUUAUGAUAUCAGUAUACACACGCGCCUACGAAGCCGGUAUAAUACUUCUUAACACAAUUUUGAGCUUGUCAGAAAAAGAUACUUCGCUUAAGAAUUCUAUGAUAUUUCCAUCAGGAUCACCGCCUGAUCAGUCUCCUUUAUAUGUUAUAUGUUAUAACGAUACAUGUUCUUUUACAUGGACUGGGGCCGAUCAUAUUAAUCAGAACAUUUAUGAGUGUAAAACAUGUGGCCUAACGGGGUCAUUAUGUUGUUGCACAGAAUGUGCUCGUGUUUGCCACAAAGGUCAUGAUUGCAAAUUGAAACGAACAUCUCCUACUGCUUACUGUGAUUGCUGGGAGAAGUGUAAAUGUAAAGCCCUUAUUGCUGGAAACCAAAAUAAACGUUUCGCUCUUUUGUGCAAAUUGGCUUCGUGUACUGAUUUAGUAACAAAGUUCAAUUCAAAAGGUGAAUCAAUUUUGCUCUUUCUCAUACAAACAGUUGGUCGCCAGACAAUAGAGCAGAGACAAUAUCGGGCCAAUGCGCGAGUACGAAAUGUGGGAAGCGGCGGUGCUAAUAGCAAUUCGCGUAAAUCUUCUUCUAUUGAUAUCGAAGCGGAUAUGCCAGAACAUGAUCUUGAACCGCCAAAGUUUGCACGAAAAGCUCUUGAACGAUUAUUAGUUGACUGGCAUGCAGUUCGAUCUAUGAUUAUGACUGGUGCUGAAAAAAAUGAAAAUGCUCCUCAACAGCAACCGAAUUCAACAGAUGCUUCAAAUACUGAGAGUUACAAUAUGUAUCUUCAAAGUCAACAAGGUUCCACACUUCUAGAUAAAUUCACACACAAUUUAUUUGUGAAAUGCAGUGGAGAUCAUUUGGAGACGCUAUUAAUGACACUAGUUCGUGAAAUGCAAGAUAGUAAUAUUCCGGGUCGUAGAAAAGAUGCUGAAUUAGUAGCUCGACGAUUUGUACGGUCCGUUGUGCGUGUCUUUGUUAUUUUCAGCUUAGAGAAAAUGCCAAAUCCCGAGCGGAGAAAAUCAAACUUGGCUUCAAACAAACACAUUCAAAGCUGUGUAAAAGUUUUUCAAUCAUUGUAUAAAAUCUCAAUAGAAGAACUCUGCGAGGUAUCCGAGUCUCUGAUUUCACCUGUGCGCCUUGGUGUGGUUCGGCCGACAGCUCCAUUUACGAUGUCUUCUACAAGUAUUGAUAGUUCGGAUGAUUUAUUUAGCGUAGAGCCACUUGCUCCUUCGUCCACCACAGAAACGCCACCUGAACCAGUAUCAAACCAAGACGGGAACCUUUCUAAUACAUCUGGAUAUAACAUUCAAUCAAAUUUUUCUAUUGAUAAUAUUGACGUAAUACGAGAUGCACAUGAAAGUGAAGAAACUAACAACAGGGGAAACAGUAACAAUGGGCAAGAGGAAGAUAUUUUAGAUUCUGGACGACAUGAUGAGGUUAUUCAGGAUGAUGAAAGCGACAAUGAUUUUCCGUUUAACGAUCCAGAAACUGAGUCCGAUUCUGAUGACAACCAAAGCAAUCAAGAUGCGCAACGAAGUGUUCAAACUGGUGCUACAGUGGGUUCUGAAACAGAUAUUGGGGUUCUCUUUCUCGAAGAUGAGUCUGGCGAUUCGUCUCCUCAGGAAGAGGAAGCUUCUGAAGAUGGUGAAACAGAUGAGCACUCUGACGAUUUUAAUUUCGCUGAUCAACAAUUAGAACGUCGAAAUAAUAGCUCAAAUGUUCGUACUGAUUUAGCCCCACAAUCUAUGCAAUGGGCGAUUCGCAGUAGAGACACAGCUCGAUCUUCUGUUCGAGUUCCAGCCGGAUCAAACUUAGUUUUUAUUGACCCCAUGGCAUUGCGUCGAUCUACUGUGCCAGCGAGUUCUACGGUAGCUGUUCCACCCCAAGAUCAGCAUACCAUGGCAACAACUGCAAGUAACUUGGCUCGUGCAUUCGGAAUAAUAGUUCGGCAAAUAUCAGAUCUUCUAAACAAUUUUGCUUGCCAACUUACCACUGAUGUCGAAAAACCUACAUAUAAGACCCAAAUGGAGGAAGCAAUUCAGCUACAAAUCUAUAUUGAAAAGCGGCUAAAACGCACUUGGGAUUGGAUGUACGCAAUUAUGGACGGAACAGAACCCCAAUUAAAGUUUGGUGCUUAUUUAACGAAUUUUACCGACCCAACUCAUCCUCUUCAUCCCCUUAAUCUAAAUGCCCAAAAUAAUUCUAACCAAACCAGUUCUUCAUCAGUUGGGAUCAAUAUGAUAGGCUCAUCAACUAGACGAGAUUUUUUCACAUAUUGUUUAUCUUUGAUGCGAGCUCAUACCUCAGAACAUCGCGAUGCUUUGCCUGUUCUGGAUAUAACAGCAUUCCGACACAUAGCUUAUGUGUUUGAUGGAUUUAUUUACUAUAUGCGUAAUAACUCCAAUUUUUAUGAAACAGCUGACCAUUUUUCAAACGCAAACAUUGCGAAUGCGAACGAAAAUGAAGAUACAGAUGACGAGUUCUCUAACGUAACAAAUGAAGAAAUGUUUCCUGACAAUAAUCCUUCUACAGCCACAGCUGUGCCUCUAUCAGCAACAACCCGCCGACAUUCCUUUUUUAUUCGAUCUGAUUCAACUUUAAGCCUUGGUUGUUUAGCACCGGACAGUUUUGACUUACCAUUGGAUGUUGCAAUACCUCUAGCUGAUAAACCACACCUUCUUCAGCCAAAUUCAAAGCGAGAGGACUUAUUUGCGAAUAUACCGGUGCUCUCUUCAGCCGUAGAAAAUACAAAUGCAGUAGAAAAUAUGACUGUAGCUCCAAUAAAGCUGGGAUUUUCCAGCUACAAAUCAGCAAAAAGUUCUGAAAAUAUGGAGGAAGAAAUAAAUUCCAAAUUCGGGAGUAUUGAGCCUAUGGAAAUUGGUGAAAGUAUACCCGCGCCCGAAACAGAACCGGCAGUUAGUAAUUCUGUACAUUCCGGUCGACCAGAAAUCAUUAUUACUCCAAAUAAAUUUCAAAGAACGGAAGAGGAAAUUGGUCAUGCUUCAACUGCACGUAGUGUUAUCGUUCGAGCGAGUUCAAUAGUCAAAAAGCCGGAAAAUGAGAAGAACACAACACGCUUGUCUUUACAGGAAAAUUUUAAGCGAACGAGCAUGUCUGUAAAUAAUUUUCCACCACGAGGAAUAAAUUUUUGCAAACAGUUUUCUUCCGUGACGCCAUCUUGGAAUAUUUUACUUGGGCGAUGGAAAUUAACACUGGACCUAUUCGGGAGGGUUUUUAUGGAUGAUGUUGGAAUGGAGCAUGGGUCAUUACUACCAGAACUACGUGGAUUUCCGGUAAAAGAGAUAAGAUUUCGAAGACAUAUGGAAAAGUUACGCAACGGACAACAACGCGAUCUUAUAUUAUGUAAACUAGAACGCAAUCGUGAAAGUUUAAUAAUUCAAACAUUUAAAGAAUUGAAUGCUCAAUUCGGAAGUCAAGCAAGACGAACACAAACCCCAUUGACUUUUAAUCGCGUAAAAGUUACCUUCAAGGACGAACCUGGCGAAGGAUCUGGAGUAGCGCGCAGUUUUUAUACAUCAAUCGCUGAAGCAUUGCUAGCCACUGCAAAAAUGCCGCAUUUGGAAUCUACUCAUAUUGGCAUAAACAGUAAAUAUGGGGCUCCAUUUUCAAGUAUUUUACGAAAUCGAGGAGUCUCAAAUAGAGAGCCCCCCACACUACAGAGGCGCGCGUCGGGUAAUAAAAUUUUUUGGCGCACUUCUCGUGAAAGAAAACUACUGAAUUAUGAUGCUAGACCAUAUAUACCGACUUCGACCAUUACAGAUAAUUCAGCAGAUAACUCCAAUGAUCAUUUAUCAGUGCAUUUACAGCAGCUCGGCGAAAGGCUUUUUCCAAAGAUUUAUUCAAUAAAUGCUACCAAUGCGUCCAAAAUAACUGGUAUGUUGCUUGAAAUUCCGACCCCCCAACUCCUAUCUAUUUUGUCCUCUGAAGAUACUCUAAGACAAAAGAUUAACGAAGCUCUUGAUAUAAUAACAUAUAAACAAAAAUCAGAAGCAAAUAAUGCGUCAAAUCAAACUCAAAAGAAAAUGAUACCUGUCGUUUUGCUUGAGCAGUGCCAAAUUGAAGACAAUGAACCAUUAUUUUAUUCACCUGGUAAACGAGGUUUUUACACUCCAAGACAAGGCUACGGCUCGUUUGAACGAAUAAAUGCAUUCAGAAAUGUUGGAAGGUUAAUAGGCUUGUGUCUGCUGCAAAAUGAGUUACUUCCACUAUUUUUGCAACGGCACGUUUUUAAAUUUAUACUUGGGCGAAAAGUUAAAUUCCACGAUUUAGCAUUUUUCGAUCCAAUAAUAUACGAAUCGUUUAGGCAACUUAUACAGAAUGCCCAAUCAGAUGAAGGCGAUGCCAUGAUUCAGCGCAUGGAGCUAUUUUUUGUUAUCGAUCUAAUGAAAGAGGAAGGUGGAGGAAGCGUCGAACUGCUACCAGGAGGACGUGAAAUUCAAGUUACUUGCAGCAAUCUUUUUGAGUACUUAAGACGUUACACCGAAUACAGAUUAAUCAAAUCGCAGGAGAAAGCUUUAGAAGCAUUACGAGAUGGAGUGUUUGACGUGCUACCAGAUAAUUGUAUGAACAGUUUAACCGCUGAAGACUUACGUUUGCUCUUGAAUGGUGUUGGCGACAUAAAUGUAUCGACGUUAAUAUCUUACACAACAUUUAAUGAUGAAUCCAGUGAGGGAUCUGAUAAGUUAUUGAAAUUUAAGAGAUGGUUUUGGACUAUAGUUGAAAAAAUGAAUACGUCGGAGCGGCAGGAUUUGGUAUACUUUUGGACUGGUUCCCCGGCACUACCAGCGUCAGAAGAAGGCUUUCAGCCGCUGCCAUCGGUAACAAUAAGACCAGCUGAUGACUCUCAUUUACCAACAGCAAAUACAUGUAUCUCAAGGCUGUACAUACCCUUAUAUUCAAGCAAAACGAUUUUACGGAGCAAAUUGCUUAUAGCUAUAAAAUCGAAAAACUUUGGUUUCGUAUAAAUUUCAAAUUAAGUGAUUGUAUCUGAUGCAGAGUGAAAACCUGCUAAAUCCAUUUAUGAUAAGGGUCACACAAUACUAAAUCUUAAGGCAUAAUGAUUUUGUCUUAUCCUGUAUGAUAUACUUUGGACUAUAAGGAUAAAAUUAAAAUUGCUUGUAAACCAUUUAAAUAUGAUUUCGAUCACAUAAUAAACUGUAAAAUAUAUGAACAACUCAAACCAA